AUGACAGCGAAUAAAAUAACGCAAUUGUACAAAUUCUAUUCUAAAUACCAAUAUCAGUAUCUUGAGAAGACAAACUAUGAUUGGAUUUUACAUUUGCAGUAUUUUGUUCGAUUGUUGCGGUUUGACCAUACAGACCACGACUUAAAAGAAGCCGAGAAACUCUAUGUAGCGUGGCGAGUUGCAUAUAGAAACUGUUUUGGAUCCGAAAAGUGUAAAUUUCCAAACUUUCAUGCAGGCUGUCAUAUAUUUGAGGAUGUCGAUGAUAUUGGUCAUGUUACUUGGUUUUGGACUCUCCUCUAUGAGUUAAAACAUUCCACGUACAAGCAAUUCAAUGACAAAAGCAACAAAAAACAGCUUGAAAAAAGGGCUUCUGAACGAGAAAUGGUCAUGAAAGCUCUUUUUACAAAAUAUCCUCAAUGCAGAAAAUUGAUACCAAGAGCAAAAGAACCAGAAUUCAAGCUUGAAAAAGACAUUUUUGUCCUAUUUGAAACGGAUCAAGGAGAAAUGAACAUUGCGUUCGUUAAACAAGUAACUGAUAAGGUAGUUCUUAGUUCCUUGAUCUUUGAAGUGAAACACAUGGAUAACGUUCCUAUAUGUAUCACUCAAUGCAUUCCACAACUAAUGCUAUCAGCAAUAGAUAUCAGCAAAGUCAAGUCUAAAUGUAGCUGUAUUUGCUAUUCAUUGCCAUCUGGGUUAAAGUGGCAAUUGAAUCAAUUUGCAUUUUGUUAUAAUUUUUGUAAAUAA